GUUUUGGGGUUUGAACUCCCCCACCGCCCAAAAUGAAAAAAAAAACGGAAGAAAUUGGUGGGGAGAGGGAACCAGCAACAAGGUGAAUCCGCGGGUGCUGAACUGUGUGCUGAACAGUAUGCGGUGGUCCACUGUACUUGACUUUCUUGCCUCCUUAUGACUAUAAAGGUCACCAGUACAAAACAAAACAUCACAAUUUUAUGAGGAAUUUCCACCUCAGUGAACCAGGAACCGUUUUGUGUCUGAACCCCCCCAGCCCCCAAAAUGAAAAAAAAAAAAACUGAAGAAAUUGGUGGGGAGAGGGAACCAGCAACAAGGUGAAUCCGCGGGUGCUGAGCUGUGUGCUGAACAGUAUGUGGUGGUCCAAAGUACUUGACUUUCUUACCUCCUUAUGACUAUAAAGGUCACUAGUACAAAACAAAACAUCACAAUUUUAUGAGGAAUUUCCACCUCAGUGAACCAGGAACCGUUUUGUGUCUGAACCCCCCCAGCCCCCAAAAUGAAAAAAAAAAAAACUGAAGAAAUUGGUGGGGAGAGGGAACCAGCAACAAGGUGAAUCCGCGGGUGCUGAGCUGUGUGCUGAACAGUAUGUGGUGGUCCAAAGUACUUGACUUUCUUACCUCCUUAUGACUAUAAAGGUCACUAGUACAAAACAAAACAUCACAAUUUUAUGAGGAAUUUCCACCUCAGUGAACCAGGAACCGUUUUGUGUCUGGACCUCGGAACCCACUUCUCUAAAUUUAGUUUUGGGGUAAUCUAUUGAGGCCAAAAGAAGACCCUGAAAAAACAUAGCAAUGGCUCAAAACCAGAAGCUCCAAAACCUGAAAAAUAAUACCACAGCCAGAUUUAAAACCAGCAGUAGACCGAGGACCACAACUAAAACCUGAAACAGUAUUAAAACCAGAACUAGAUUCAUAACCGGAAAAAUCUAAAACCUGAACCAAAGUCAAAACCAGAUGACCUAGUAGCAGGACUAAAACUUGAGCCAGAAUCAGAAGUAAAACUAGAACCAGAUUCAAAACCAUAAGACCUAAACUACAACUAAAACAGGAACCAGUAUCAAAACCAGAAGACUUAAAACGAGAACCAAGACUACAACCAGAAGCAAAAUCUAAAGCAGAAGUAAAAACAGCAUCAGUUAAAAUCAGUACUAAAACCUGCAUAACAAAAGCAAAAAACAAAACAAAAGUAGAACAGAAUCAGAACCAGAAAAAUAAAAAAACAGAAGCAGAACUAGAGCCAGGUGUUGGACCAAAACUAAUGGAUUAUAUUAUGAAUGACUGUAUAAAUUAAAAGAGUAAUCAUUCAAAUUAAAGUAAUAUCUAUUUUUUAAAAAUGACAAAACAAAUCCUCACCAAGGUGACAUGCACUAAAACAAACAUGCAACUACUGAUUUUAUGAUACAGGAUAACAAACAAAACGUGCUUUCAUAUUUUAUUUUUAAGUGACGAGUAUGUUUGCUCGGAAUGUCUCCAACCUCGUGGGUUAUUUACACCCGUUACCACGCAACGGUUGCUACGUGAGCAUCUGAAAACAAUUCACACCAAAACCAACUAAGUGACGUCCUCAAUCCAACGUAUGCACCAGAGAAGCCCCCGAACCAUUCGAUCGAGAACUCUGAAAUGACGGGCGUUCACAUCGACCCGAGCAGAGCUCCCGUCGCCUUCGGGCGGCUGGCCAUCCCGGAGCUGUUCGCACAGCUCGUGGAGCCCGACGCCGCCAGGAGGCUGCGCGCCCUCGCGUCCCUCUGCGACCUCACUCACGAUCCGGAGCGGCUCUACCAGGUGGUCACUGAAGGUUUUCUGGACCAGUUGGAUGUUCUAUUGAAGGAUGGAGAUUCGGCUGUGAGGACCAGAACCUGCGAGCUUCUGCACCUUAUCACAAGCCACAACAUCGCGAGGCAAGCCCUUCUGUCCUCACCCCUCCUGGCCCGUCUGUCUCAGCUGCUGGAUGACCCUUCCCCACUCUGCAGGACGCGCGCCCACCGCGUGAUAAACAGCCUGGCGCUGCUGCCCGCAGGUAGGCAGGUGCACCUGGAUGACAUCAGAGAGUCACAGCAAACAUGUUUUUUUUACCCCGAGGCUCAUAUGCCAGGUGCCAACGCCCUGCAGAAUCUGGUUCCCAAGAUGAUGCUGAAGCUGCAGGAGGAGCAGGAGGAGAAGGAGGAGGAGGUGCAGGCCCUGCUGCUAUCCACGCUCAGCUGCUGCUCGCGGCUGGACGCCGGCCCCGCCCUGUCUCACCGCGGUGUCACGCUCAUCGGACGCAAGCUCUCGCACACCUGCUCCAACAUCCGGAGGGAGGCGGCGGGAGCCAUGAUGGCGCUCAGCGUUCCGGUGGAGGGGAAGCGUCAGGUAUGCGAGGCAGCAGUACUUCCUGUCCUGGCGGACCUCCUGCGGGACCAGGACGUGGAUGUGCAGGCCAACGCUGCAGGCGCCAUCAUGAAUACGGUGGUCAUCACGACAGGUAAGCAUCAGUGUUUGGAGCUGGACGUCCUCCCUGUCCUGCUGCAGCUUCUCUCAGAACGCAAACAGGAUGUGGAAGAGGAGCAGAGGAGGAAGGCUCUGGUACUGUACUCCCUCAGAGCUCUCACCUCAUUGGCCGAGGCCCCCGACGGGCGCCAACGCCUGCUACUGGAGCUUCCCCUGCUGGUGGGGAGGAGCGAACCACCCGAGGAAGACGCUGACAUCCGGUGCGCCGCUCGCACCGCUGUUAAUGUUGUCACCUGGACGCCGUGACAGCAUUGAGCUAACCUCUAUUCUCUUCAAUAAAGGGAACAUUGUAUCACAUGACCACAUGCCUUGAUCGCUGCUAAUGCUAAAAUGCUAACAUAACUUAUGCUACAAAGCUAGUGUUAGCAGCUGCUUUAGUGUCGUUCAUGUUGCUAUGGAAACACAUUGUGUUU